ACACUUCAUUAGAAGUCGGAGGAUGAGCUUGUCUGGAGCUUGCUGCAGCCUGCACUGAGCGCCUCAACACAGCUGGGAGUUACACAGCAACCAUGAGUACAACCACUAAGAAAUCCUUGGAGAGCAAGCUACAGCAGCUUAAAUGCCAUUUCACCUGGAACUUGAUAGCGGGAGAUGAGUCCUUGGAUGAGUUUGAGGACAAGGUAUUUAACAAGGAUGUGAUUCAGAACGAGUGUACAGCCACUAUGUGCAACCUAUCGGCCUAUGUAAAGCACCACAGAGGUCAAACUGAGGCAGCGCUGCAGUGUUUAGAGAAAGCUGAACGCUACAUCCAGCAACAGCACCCUGACCAAGUAGAAAUCAGAAGUAUAGUCACCUGGGGAAACUAUGCUUGGGUUUACCAUGACAUGAACCAACUUGAAAAAGCUCAGGCUUAUCUUGACAAGGUAAGACAGGUCUGUGAGAAGUUUUCCAGCCCCUACAGGAUUGAGAGUCCUGAGCUUGACUCUGAGGAAGGGUGGGCCCGAUUAAAGUGUACCCGAAACCAAAAUGAGAGAGUGAAGGUGUGUUUUGAGAAGGCUCUGGAAAAGGACCCGAAGAACCCAGAAUUCACCACCGGCUGGGCCAUCUCAAACUACCGUCUGGACAACUGGCCAGCACAGCAGAACGUCAUUGACUCUCUGAAGCAAGCCAUUCGACUGUCUCCUGACAGCCCUUAUAUUAAAGUCCUCUUGGCGCUGAAGCUUGAGACCAUACAUGAAAACCAAGGAAAGGAACUAGUUGAAGAAGCCUUAAGGGAAGCCCCAGGUGUGACAGAUGUACUUCUCAGUGCAGCCAGGUUUUAUUAUAAGACGCAUGAUGAAGACAGAGCUAUACAGUUGCUUAGAAAGGCUUUAGAAUCGCUGCCAAACAAUGCCUAUGUGCAUUACUAUAUUGGGUGCUGCUAUAGGUCAAAAGUCCUUCGAAUAGUUCACACCAGAGAAACUUCAUGCAAUGGGAAUCAAGAGGAGUUAAAGGAACUAGCAAUUAAACACUUGAGGAAAGCAGAGGAGACCAAGGAGAUGCUCGAAAAUUCCUGUAGCCACCUUGCUGGUCUUUAUGCCAUGACAAACCAGUACACAAAAGCCGAUUAUUACUUCCAGAAAGGAUUGAAGAAAGAGCUUACUCCUGACCUUAAACAGUUGCUCCACCUGCAGUAUGGCAAUUUUCAGUUUUUUCAAAUGAAGUGUGAAGACGAGGCCAUCCACCAAUAUAUGGAGGGUGUGAAAAUAAGGCAGAGGACAAAGCCUAAAGAAAAGAUGACAAACAAACUUGAAAAAAUUGCCCUAAGGCGACUUUCUGAAAAUGAAUCUGAUCCCAAGGCCUUGCACAUCAUGGCGUUUCUUCAGGAGUUGAGUAAAGAAAGGCAGCAAGCUGCUAAAGAUUCUGAGAGGCCUGUUUUUCCAGCAUCUUUGCAAGCGGAAGGGAAUGAAGAGUGGUGACCUGGUACCCACAAGGCUACUAUUGGAAAGAAACUGAAAACAGUUACCAAGUAGCCAUUCAAAAUAUUUAACAGCUUCAAGUUCUAAGUAUGUACUAACAGACUGACUAUACUAUUUGUCAGGGAUAUUGGGAACCCUGCUAUCAGAUGUUAGCACCUGAAUAGCUGGAUCAGGUAAGGGGUCUGAGGAAGGGACCAGUCGGGGGCAUAAAUACAGAGGCCUGGAAAGCAGCCUAGAUCUCUUCCUGUUUCUUAGAAAUAGUGUCUAUGUCUUUGGUUGUAAGCCUAGCCUUUAACGGCUGAGCCAUCUCUCCAGCACCAGUGUCAACUUCGUGUCAAGAAAUAGACCAACAUAUAUCGGACCUCACAGUUUUUGGUGUUGUUGUUGUUAUUGUUGUUUGUUUAUUGUACCUUCAUUUAGUUACAAAAGAAAUAAAGAAAGAAAAAAGAAA